CUCCUGAUGCGUCUAAGCGGCGCGCAGUCGACUGAUUUUUUACGUAAAUUUAAUUAGAUUAUAAGAUUGAUAUAAGAAAAAGUGUAUAAGAUUAACAAUUGUGUAAGACAUAAAAAAAUUCAUUUUUUCAUGUGGUCUCAUGUGAUUAGAAGGUGAUGAAACAUGUUUUCAUGCAACGAAAAAUUUUCAUUCUUCUUUUUAAUAAUAAUAACUUGUGCGGAGAAGGACGGGAAUCGAGAAUUUCAAUAGUCAGUCGUCAGUCGGCUGUGCGCCGCUUGGACUUUAACGCAUGAGGAGCAACAGCGACGGACUCAUGUUUCGCCUUCUCUUUCUACUGAGCCGAAGUUGAGCCGAGUUCGAAGCACACGGAUACGGUGCGAUAGUAUGCAAGCAGAGACAGUGUCGAGAGGAGAAGCGGUCGGUGUCGGUGGCAGUUCGAGUUUGUCUGUCGUCUGGUCGGGAAACGGUGUGCAGCCAAGGGAAUCGAUUCGUUGGCGAACGUUCACCGUGUUUAAUUCUUAUUGUUAUUUCCGUUCAACACGGAUGAGAAUCGUGCGAUACCGGUGCCCUCGCCCGCGACCUUCUUCGACAUGGGUUAAACUCGAUCGUGGUAUCGGUAAUAAUCCGAAUCGUAACCCGGCACGCUGACAACUUGUGAUUUCCAGUGAAAAAUUUUUAAGUGUCAGUGCCAAGAGAGUUCGCGCGCGAACAGUGUCAAAGACAUCGUGUUUUCUUGUGUGCACGUUCUCUUUUAUCGCGCAGUCCGUUUUAUUCGAAACUGAAACAGACACUCGGACUCGAGGAAAAGAAAUAUCGAGUUCCAACAGCAUGGUUGGAAGUGAUAUAACGCUAGAAAACGCGGAUAAUGCGGCAACUACGUGACCGACCGAGUCAUGUUCACCAAUACGAGAGAUCAACCUCGACCUCCAAACUCGACAGUUUGGUUUUGAGGAAUUCGAGCUCCGUAAGGAUAACAGAUACUCGGAAAUAUCUUUUCCAGGCCGUGUGAUUGUUGGGAAGCUUGAUCUCGCGUGUGCUACGAGAAGGUUACGCUAUACACUGGUCCACCAGAAACCGUUAAUCGAGACUGGAUCGGAUCGAGCGAAGUAGGGCAAAGUGCAAUAAUCCUACUUUAAAGAAGGAUCUACUCCUGCGCACCUCUUAUUCUAAACCGUGAGAAACUCUUCGAACGCUGUUCACUUCUUCCAAAUACAUUUUUCUUAACCAUUUAGUUUAACCGGAUCACCAUUCCAUGGUAGUAUAGUAUUAUUAUAUAGAAAGGCUGCAACAAAAACGAAGUACCUUGUUACGUACCAAAUAAAUCGUCCUGUUAAGAAUUUCCGUGAAUAAAACUGGAAACUCUACUAAAGCACGAGCCAGUCGUUAUCUAAUAUUCACAAGAAACUGUUUAAUCCCAUGUGAUAUCUACUCGUCGUAUCGUGUUCGUAUAAAAGAUAAAAAGAUACCGACGGAAAGGCUAGUACGGGAUAGUUGUUGAAAAAACGUAUUUCUCGAUCUCGUAUGAAAAAUAGGAAAGGGAACAAAGCGUGAGAGUGAGAAAAAGAUGAGAAAAGGAAAAGAAGAAUUCGCGACUUUGGUUCGAGCGAGGGAGCAGAAGUGCAUCUAGAAUACAGAAAGAGGUGCGCGCAACAAGUUAAGGGGAAACACGUGACUGAAGAAGCAACUACCCGAGAUAAGCCUGGAAGCGACGACCGCGAAACUUCAACAUCGUACGGUUCUUCUUCUCGCAAAUCUUGAAUAAAUAUAGAUAAAGAAGCUCGCUGGCCGAGUUCAAAGUUUUAUUCGAACAACGAGGAAGGAGACUAACGAACGCGAGGACCUCGAAUUAACUUCUGAAUAAUGAUUAUUCAUUAGUCAGCCUGGAAAGUCGUUGCUCCGGCCGGAUUUCAAAGGAAACGUCGAGUUUUUCGGUUACGAAUCGUGGAAGUUGUAAGGAAGAUAAAGAGCGGUAAUUAGGACGAGAAAUUUCGUCAUCUUGCGUACUUACUUGUUAGCUACGUGGUCGGACUAGUUGACACGUCCGCGGCCCGGUAUUCCGGAGGCCAUGUAGCGGUGGCUGGCCGAAUUCUUUAAGGAACCAGGGCCCUAUUCAUGUGCUGUGUGUAGAGAGCCUUGAAUGACUUUCCCGUUCUGCAGUUUUGUCUUCGACUCGUCCGACGAGAGGGCGAGACAAAUGCCCGUCGCGUCGGAAGAUUGGGUGCCGCACCCGGCUAAAAUAACCAGUUCCAUCACCACCGUCAAAGGUGCCACCAUCCAAAGCACAACUACAGCUUGGAUGUCGCCAUACAGCAGAGCUUCGCCGUCAGAACGUCCGACAUCGAACAACAAUAACAAUAAUAACAAUAACAAUAAUAACAACAAUAAUGGAGUCGUUAUACUCGAGGGAUGCAGACCGCCGGCUGCCACCACGGCCAGAAGGUUCCUCAGAUGGUUCAGCAGACUCGGUCAACCACCCAUGGGGAAAUCAGGGGUGUUGGAGAUGGCGGCCACAGAGAGCACGAUCCGUUUCAGCGGCCAUACAUUGGACAAGGCUACAAAGGCCAAGGUGACGUUGGAGAAUUAUUACAGUAAUCUAAUAGCUCAGCACAUCGAGCGGAAGCAAAGGCUCGCCAAAUUAGAAGAAUCGUUGAAGGACGAAGGGCUGUCGGAGCAGCAGAAGCAAGAGAAACGGUUGCAACAUGCUCAGAAAGAAACAGAGUUUCUCCGCUUGAAACGCUCCCGGCUCGGUGUCGAAGAUUUCGAACCCCUGAAAGUUAUUGGCAGAGGCGCUUUCGGAGAGGUAAGACUCGUGCAGAAGAAGGACACGGGUCACGUGUACGCGAUGAAAAUUCUGCGGAAAGCUGAUAUGCUGGAAAAGGAGCAAGUUGCGCACGUCAGGGCCGAACGAGACGUUCUAGUGGAAGCGGAUCAUCAGUGGGUCGUAAAGAUGUAUUAUAGUUUUCAAGAUCCCAUCAAUCUGUAUUUAAUCAUGGAGUUUCUCCCGGGCGGCGACAUGAUGACACUGCUAAUGAAGAAAGAUACGCUUUCCGAGGAGUGUACGCAGUUUUAUAUUUCGGAGACAGCGUUAGCGAUCGAUUCCAUUCACAAGUUAGGGUUUAUUCAUAGAGAUAUCAAACCGGACAACCUAUUACUGGAUGCGCGAGGUCAUAUAAAGCUUUCUGACUUUGGACUGUGUACGGGUUUGAAGAAGUCUCAUAGGACCGAUUUCUACAGAGAUCUCAGCCAAGCGAAGCCUUCAGAUUUCAUGACGUCAUGUGGAAGCGGAAGCGGCGGUGCGAUGGAUAGUAAAAGAAGAGCCGAGAGUUGGAAGAGAAACAGGAGAGCGUUAGCUUACAGCACGGUCGGAACGCCUGAUUACAUAGCCCCGGAAGUAUUUUUGCAAACUGGUUACGGGCCCGCCUGCGACUGCUGGUCCUUAGGAGUUAUCAUGUACGAGAUGCUCAUAGGAUAUCCUCCAUUCUGUAGUGAAAAUCCGCAAGAGACUUACAGGAAAAUUAUGAAUUGGAGAGAGACCCUAGUGUUUCCACCGGAAGUUCCCAUCAGUGAGGAAGCUAAGGAUACCAUUAUUAGAUUUUGUUGUGAAGCCGAUAGAAGAUUAGGUGCGCAAAGAGGCGUCGAAGAACUUAAGUUGGCUCCGUUCUUCCGUGGCGUCGAUUGGGAACACAUCAGAGAGAGACCUGCCGCGAUUCCAGUCGAGGUACUUUCUAUCGACGAUACCUCCAAUUUCGACGAAUUCCCAGACGUGAAAUUGGAAAUACGUCACAUUAUAAAAUCUGGAAAAACAGGCGAUAAUCUAAAAACUGGUAUCGUCAAUUUUACAGCCAAUUGCUCGCAGACUUCAAAUUUACCAGCAUCCGCGCCGAUGCCACAAGACGGGGAGGUAAUAUACAAGGACUGGGUAUUCAUUAAUUACACGUUCAAGCGAUUCGAAGGUUUGACGCAGCGAGGCACGCCGAUCAAGAAAUAGCAACACUCUAUUUCUUGCUCGGUACCAACCAGUCAGCAGUCUGACGCAACUGGAAUUCCGGCCUUGGUACAUCACCCGUACCCUCCAUUGUCUUCGACGGCACCGCGAAUGGACGACUGAUUCCGUUUUCUCGUUUUUGGACACGGUUUAGUCAGUCACCGGCGGCUGAUCGUUUUUACAUGUACAUACGUGACGAGAUGAACACGACGUACGUACGUAUCUAUACGUUAUCACGCGGCGGUAGAUAGCAAGAAGAAAGAAACAAUCAUGACAAAGGCGAUUAUAACGUGUAAAAAAAAAAGUAAAUGUCGUCGUGCUGUUGUGUUACAAAGGACAAAGAACGGAGUGAUAAAGAUUCCGAAGACAAGCAGGUGCGAAAAUUAAUACACAUGUGAUAAAAGAAGAACCAGACAUAUUUUCAUGCGCACCGUAAAGUUUUUAGUGAUGGUCAUAACUAUAUGAAAAAAAAAGAAAAUACGUUCCCUUUUUCCGUUUGAUCGUGAAUAAUUAUUGUUUCCAUCCGAUGAUCUUCGAAGCGUAGCAUAAUAAGCUCUCUCUCUCUUUGCAGUGAGAAUUUUAUUAAUGGAAAAAUAGUAAAGUAUACAAAGAUGGAGCCUCGGUCCCGUGAUUCUCGAAGAGCUGCGUACAAUGUUUCCUUUCUUUUUUUUAUUUUGUAUAGAAUUUCGUUCAAUGUGUCUCCUGUUCUCUAUUCUUCUCUCAACGAACCACUGGUUUAGCUAUCGUUUAUCAGCUCUCUUUUCAACGUUAUAUUUAUAGCUAGUACUGUGAUAUGAUAUUGUUUAAAAGUCUUUUUGUACACAGAUCACUGUUUUUUGUCUGUUAAGAAUUACUGAACUUUACGAAUGUUAUACUCUAUUCGAUCGUGCUUACGUCGCCCUUUUCAAAAAAAGAAAGAAAACGUUAGAUAUUUGUUAAUUAGUAAAAGAACAAAAGGUAUUUUAAAUUUAUAUAUUUUUUGAGAGCUUUUGCCUAGAUAUUGGAAAGAUAAAUUGGUGAAGAUAUUCAUCAAAGCAGAUCAGUUUGUUUAAUCAAAUGAAGUUUGUUCAGUUUUUACGUUAACGUCUUAUUAAUUCGAAAAAUUGCAUUACUAUGCAACAGACGGUUUUAAACUUUUUAUUUACGCGUAAUUAUAUACGUAUAUAUAUAAAUACAGGGAGAGACGUUUCUCGUGACAUUAUUAAUUCGAAAAUAAUCUAGUUAUUCGUAGAUAUCGCGUCACAAGCUUUUACGUAACUUUUGUGCUUUGCAGUAAUUUGUAUCGAUAUAUAAUGUAUCGUCGAGUAAAAUGUAUUGCAGUUAAGUGAGCUCGGCAAGAGAAUAGAAUCGUCAAACGUAAAAUGUAUGAAAGGCGGGUCGGAGAAUCGUGAAGGUACCGGGUCUCUUUCUUCGAGAGCAAUUAAACAAUUUCCAAACGGUUUUGUUUGUGCCUGAGCACCGUAAGGAAAACGAAUCGUGAAACGAGAAUAUCCAGAAAAAUGAUACAUUCGUAAAAUUCAGGUUUCCUCCGUUGCCUUAUUAAGGUUCCUAACACGUGUACACGCGCAGCCCAAACCCAACAAACUACAAACAAAUGAAAUGAAAUAAUACAAAUAAAAAACGCAAGACAAUUUUACGGCGCUGGGUAAAUCAUAGGUAAUAAUGGAACAAGAAAGAAAAAGGAAGAAGAAGAAAAGCUAAUUGAAAAAUAGUCGAAAUGUAAUCUAGUGCUUGAUGUAUAUAUCUUUUAUAGUAUAAUUUUACAUUAACUGAAAAAUAGAUAUCGAAAAUUGUUGCUGGCAUUUCACGAGUUUCCUCAGUUCUCGCGGGCGUUGAUUUUCUUUUCCUGCACAAUCUCAAUUAUUUUCCUUCUCGGCUUAACGGAACAGCGGUUUCAUUGAGAAUGAACCGUGUUCACUGUCGAAUACGGGAAAUUAUCGUUUGAAAUGAUGUCCUACAGCAUCGGAUUGAAUUAUGCGAGCAAAAUCUCGUGUCAAUGUACGAGAAGAAGAUAGAAAAUAAAAGCAAGAACGUUGCAUAACGCAAUCUCUCUCGAAUGUAGUUUUUGUUUCGAGUAUAGCACCGUGAACGGUUUAGAAUGUACACUGUGUAGUUUACCGACAGCCAGGGCACCGUGGUAGUAAUAGUACUAAUAAUACCUAACGAAACUGGAAUAAAGCAGCUAAAGGCGAAUCUAGACCGUUCAUUGUGGACGUGCAUCCUGAAUGAUUCAUUCAUAGUGAAAAGUGUAAAGAUAUUUUCAUCGGCAUUUCAUCCAAAGGGACUACUGAACGAAGUAGGCUCAGGUUUUACUUUCGAUGAAUUGUUUAGACGAAUCAUUCUGGAUGCACACCUCAAGUGACAAGUCUAAGUUCAUCUUAAAUAAGUCAUAGUGAGGUAAAACGUAUCACAGGUGGAGUCGCUUUAGCGUUUUUUCAAUCUUGCGGUGAGAAAGUAAUCUUAAAGAAUUCUUAGAGCGGCGUUUGCCAGUCGUACCUUCUUUAAUUCGAUGAUAUCAAUUAAUGUUAAUACGAUGAUUUACGAUCCUGCUAGAGCGAUUUCAUCUAUUGUACAGAUGUACCUAUACUAUGUAAGCGCACGAUCGAAACGUAUCGCGUUCCGGCUGAUAGUACUUGUAUCGAAGCUUUCCGCUCCUUUCUCGUACGAUCCGGCGUGUCUUCGUUGACGACCACCCACGCAACGUAACACGUUGCUGUACGUACGUAUCGUCGGGCCGCGAGUAGAACAACGCGAUUUGAACGAGUAUAUUAUCGAGGAAACAAGUCUUAUCAAUUACUCGUUUAAGGAUGAACCGAUUUGAUUGACUUUACAAUUUGUCUAAAAGCAGAUUUAUUGAAUUCGCUGUCUGUCGAUAUGAUUCAAAGAUCGAUGACCCUUCUUGCGAACUGGCGAUACGUAAAUUGAUGGAAUACAUAUUAGUUUCGUACGGCUUUGUUCGCGGAUACUUCAGCUAACGAGUGUGGAGCACCAGGUCGCUUCGUCAUCGCGUUGCUUCAUUGAACGGCCUCCAUUUUGAUCUUAACACAAUCGAGCUAUUAUUUUGAAACAGCUCCGUUUUGAAUGUUUUUUUUUUAACAAGGGACGGUAGAUGAUUAUUCGCACCUUUGAGAGUGGAUAUUGAUAACAUUCAACAUUAGUACUCCAUACUCUGAUGCUCGAAGCGCGAGUACCCCUAUAAUAUAAAAAGGAAAAUGAACAAAUCUCGAUGUAUAACUUUUACGAUAACAGAAUGCUUAGAUUUACGAAGUGACAGUUUUUAAACGACGGGAAGAGAUGAAUAAUAUAAUAAUGACACUAUUUUCUGCACCGGUAGAGAUGAGAAAGAACGUGAAAGGUGUGAGAAUGCGUAAGUGCGGUGUAGAGGAAUGUGUGCGCUCGCGCGAGACACACGAAAGAAAGGAUGGACGUGAAGCGUGACAGAACGGAAGAAUUUAGAAAUAAGUACGAAAGAUAGAAGCAGAAUGAAAAAAGAGAGAGAGAGAGAGAAAGGUAGAAACUAGAAUAAGAUGGGGAUGGCAAGAAAUAAAAGAGAGAGAGAGAGAGAGAGAGAAUGCGAGCGAGUGAGUUAAUAAGCUUAGCAACUUGUUGCUGUCGGGUACAGAUACUCUGACACGUCCAAUGCUACCGAGCAACACGAACGAAGUAAUCGCGAUUUAUUUAUUUAAAAAGAGAAUUAAAUAAAAUAAAAAACAAUAGCCACGAGAUGCCUUCGAUGCAACAAGUCUUUUGGUGCCCUGCGCGUAACCGAUGCGAUUCAGCUUCGGAAAUUGCGUGAUUCGUCAGAUAAAUAAAUCCGAGAAACUCGAAGGACACGUCUCUGCGGUCGAGGAUCGAAACCGAUAGUGACCACUCGUGUACGCGUACACACGUUUGCACAAGUUAAUUGUCGAUCAUUAUCUGUGAACGUAUUUCGGAAAUGACUACGGAUAGAUUAUAUACGAUAAUAAUUGUCGUCAGUAUAUGUUGUAAAUAUUGCAUAGAGCAAGCUCUCGAGUCGCUGUGCUGGUCGAAUUUGUGGAUUGAAUAAAGAGCGAGUAACGUUUCGUCGGAAAAAUAUUUAACGACGUUUCACUUCGCCAGGUAAAAUAAGUUUAAUCGUCUCCUGUGUCGUUGUUUUUUCAUACAACGAUCGUUAAUAAUAAUAAUCAUUCGAGCAGCGCCGAAUUAGCUGAGACAUUUUAAUUCGCGAUCAUUCGAAUUGAUCAUUUGAUAGAAAAUAUUUGGAACUAUCGCCUGAAUGUCGUCCCUGAGUCAAGCGUUGUACAGCUUAUUGUACGGAAAACGUUCGUCCAAGUCGAGCAUAUUUUCGUGAAAAUGUGCUCGAUCGCUUAAUUGGCUAAUCUGUUGCGCACCAUCGUAAUUAUAUGGAUCACUGUGAAAGAAACACGCGUCGCUUUUGUAUAUGAGCGUUCACUUCCAAUACAGUAAGUAAGUAUAUUUACAGCUUCCCAAAGUUUUCCCUCUUUUAUUUUCCAUUUGCAUUUAGCCAAUCGCUCCGAUUACGCGCGUUUUUCCUGUUUAACGAAUCAUUGAUUCGUCCGUCCGAUGACCAUUAAAAAAGCCAAUCGAUUUACAAAAAUCUAUCCAUAAAUUCCAAACCCGUCGACAUUUUAAUUUUCAAAACAUCGUUUAGGUCUAUUAACGUCUAAUACGAGAAUACUUAACUCACCGAUCGAUUACGAAAAAACGCGAAGCGAUGACCGAGGGCCAGUUAGAGAAAUUUUAUUAAACGCGGCCGCGAUUAUUCCGAUCGAUUGCAUACCUUGAUUUACCAAUUAUGCGAGCAUGGCUUGGAAUACAAGUAAUACGAGCCCGGACGUUUUCGUUUAAGUAAGCUUACGCGAUUUGAUCGCAAAUUUUUUAUUUAGUAGCUUCACAAAGAAAGAGAAGAGGUGAAAAAGAAUACGCGAUGAACGAAGUGACAAAACACUGCUUCUCGUGCGCGAUACAUAUUGUAAUUAUAGUGAUUGUCGUUAAUAAAUUGUUUUUUAUUUUAAA